AUGGCCGAAGCUGAGCCUGAUGGCGAUGGAAGACGUGAAGUGGGGGACGACGCGGUCUGGUCCCUGUCUUCUGCCAAGCCUGGCAACGGCAUCGAUCAGCUGCGUGACAAUAAUAUGGACACUUAUUGGCAGUCAGACGGCAUGCAGCCACACGUCAUCAACCUUCAGUUCCCCCGCAAGACGACAGUCCACGAGUUGAUGCUGUAUCUGGACUACAAGCUGGAUGAGAGCUACACGCCCAAGAAGAUCGCUAUUCGCAGCGGCAAUACAGUGCACGACCUCAAGGAGAUCCACGUCCAGCAUCUUGCCGAGCCCGACGGGUGGAUCUCGAUGCCGCUGUACACCGACGGCAGCUCCGAGCAGGUUCCACUGCGCACGUUCUUCUUGCAGAUCGCCAUCCUCGCAAUGCACCAGAACGGGCGUGACACUCACGUCCGCCAAGUCAAGAUCUAUGCACCGCGCGAAGCCAGUAGUAUAAACUGGACAGUCGUGGAAGCUGUCACGCCGCAAUUUACGGCAUAUUCCUGCAUCCGCUAG